AUGUUCUCUAAAAUAAUUGUUGCUUUUGCUGUAAUGACAGCCUGUAAGGCGGGUUUGUUGCACCAUGCGCCAGCAGUCUCUUCGUAUAAUAUAGUACGUCACGAUCAAAACAUUCAACACGAGAUCCCAAUCCACUACGCUGCUCCAGCUGCUAACACAGGCUCGGCCAUUUACUCUUCUUCUGCAAUCCAUUCUGCCCCUGAAAACCACGCUGCACCUGCCGAUUCUGUCGGUGCACACGAAGAUCACUAUGUUGAUGAAUACGCCCAUCCUAAAUAUGGCUUCUCAUAUUCUGUAGAAGAUCCUCAUACAGGCGAUCAUAAGAGCCAGCACGAAGAGCGCGAUGGAGAUGUUGUUAAAGGCGAAUAUUCGCUUCUCCAACCUGAUGGUUCUUUUCGAAAAGUGACCUACACUGCCGAUCAUCACAAUGGAUUCAACGCCAUUGUUCACAAUUCGCCGCCCGUGAUCCAUCAUCAUUAG